AUGCUAGUCUUUUUAACUUUCUAUAAACAUGCAUCAUUACGCACAACCUCCAAUCUAUUUAUCAUCAAUCUAGCUAUAACUGAUUUAUUAACUGGAGGAAUUAAAGAUACAUUAUUUAUUUAUGGUCUAACUUCGUAUAAUUGGCCGAAAAGUGCAAUUCUAUGCUCAUUUGUGGGCUUUAUUAAUUGUGUUUGUUACGUUGCGACUGUAUACACGUUAACAGUCAUAGCUGUAUUUCGCUAUCUUGCAAUUGUCUGCAAUUUGGGCAGAAAAAUUAAGCGUAAGCAUUCCAUCUUGACUAUCGCUUGCGUUUGGAUCUACAGCUCUGCAUGCUGUUUAAUGCCUAUUAUUGGAUGGAGCCGCUAUAUCUAUGAACCUACGGAAUGUACUUGUGUACGUAGUUUAGAUAAGAAAUAUUAUUCCUAUACGAUAUACAUUCUAGUAGCAGAUUUUCUAUUACCAUUAUCCGUGGUGUCGUUUUGCUACGGAAAUAUUUUUGCAAAGAUGAAAAGAAAUCAUCACCACAUUAAGCGUGAUCUAAGUGAUGGACAGAAACUUGACGUUGCGGAAAAGUUAUCGCGGAGGGAAGAGAUUGUCGCGCGGCGUAUGUUUAUUAUCUUGGCUGAGCAUGUCGUCUGUUUUUUACCUUAUACAAUUAUUGUUACGAUGUUGGCAGCGAAUGGCGUUGAUAUUGAGCCAGUUUGGUAUUUUAUUGUUGGUUACUUACUUAAUUUAAACAGUGCUCUCAAUCCUGUUACGUAUAUUGUUGUCAAUCCUAGGCUUAAGAAGGGCUAUAUAUCAGUCAUUUGUUGCAAAGAUAACUUUACGCGAGUUAAGCCAACAAAGGCUGGAGGUAAUCAGGGUUUUCUAGAACUUCGUAAUGUAGCAAAGUAA